CACGCGACUGUGCGUGAUGACGUGAAGGGUACGCUAAGCUGUCGCUCUCGGAAGGAAGGAGGCUGGUUAGCUUUCAGAAACCCUACAAAAUGAUCCAGGAAACGAACGUUUAAAUUCUGGGAAACCAUGGAGACAGAGUUGAACUCCUUCCAUGUGGAGUUCCCUGACUUUUCCUGUUCCCUUCUGAAGAAACUGAACCAGCAGCGUCAGAGGGGUCAACUGUGUGACCUCAUCGUGUCCAUAGGUGGCCAUCAGUUCCGGGCUCACCGCGCUGUGCUGGCCGCCAGUUCGCCGUACUUCUGUGAUCAGGUGCUGCUGAAGAACAGCGCCCGUGUGGUUUUGCCAGAUGUCAUGCAUCCUGGCGUCUUCGAGCAGCUACUCUUGUCCUGCUACACAGGAGCGCUCUCCGUGCCUUCCGGCGAGGUGGUGGCCUUCCUCACUGCCGCAAGCUUCCUGCAAAUGUGGCACGUGGUUGACAAAUGUACUGAGCUUCUAGAGGUGGGACAUAAGAAAAGCAACCGUGGUGGUCAUUUUGAAUAUGGUACAUCUCCGAAGGUGGACGAUUAUGGCACGGAUAAUGAGGAUGCAGGCCGGACUGCAUGUCAAGAGGAAGAUCUAGUUAAAGAUGGUAUUUCAAUUCCUGUUUUACAAAGUGCCAGUUGCUCUUCUCCAGAAGAUCCAUGCAGUGAGAAUGGAUUGGAUGCUGUGGAGAAUCAGUGCUCGAGGCCUGCCUAUGUGCCACCGAGCAUUAUGGGACACAGGAAAAAGGUGCAUGUGAAAGCAGAGAGGACCAAUCGAGAACCCUGUCUGUUUAGCGACGAGUCCACCGUAGUAGCUGAUACGGACCAGAACUGUCACACUCCAAAUAUCGUUGAUGAUUGUUUUGAUGAGAAACUAGUGAAACGUCUCGAGGAGUGCUUGGAUAGAGAUUGCUCCUACGAAGAGCCCUUGGACUUCUACGGAACCUCCAUGGAAGGCUUUUCGCAAGCUGCGGAUGAGAUCCCCAACCCGACAUCCAAGGAUAAACAGCCGCUAGAUGGAGUUACGGUUGUUGCUAAAGACGAGGAGGCCUCGGCCCACAGUGACAGUGGCCUAAAGGAGCAAACGUCUCACUCUGGGUUUGCCUCUGUGGUUUAUAAGCUCUAUCCGUGUCAGUGCGGCAAGAGCUUCACGCACAAAAGCCAGCGAGACCGCCACAUGAGUAUGCACCUGGGUUUACGGCCAUUUGGCUGUGCUGUUUGUGGCAAAAGCUUCAAGAUGAAGCAUCACUUGGUGGGCCACAUGAAGAUCCACACUGGUAUUAAACCGUACGAGUGCAGCAUGUGCGCGAAACGUUUCAUGUGGAGAGACAGCUUCAACCGCCAUACCUCCACAUGCGCAAGGGCCCACCAGAAACGACGAAACAGAGUGGAACCCGCCUCCUUGUAGGAUCCUUGUAAGAGCGCAAGAGAGGGUGUCAUUACCAGAAUGCCAAACCAAUCCACAGCCUAAAGUAAAUAUAGAGAUUCUUUGGUUAAUAUUUAAAAUAAGCACCUCAAUUUUGAACAAAGGGCCUCGGUUCAGGUGUACCUAAAAAAAAAACACAUAGGCUGCAUCUGAAAUCGUAAACUGUCAGAAUAUGCACAGCAUUUGAUGAAGAACAUACUUCUUCAUCCGGGAAUGUGGGCAUUGUCAUGUGACCUGAAUAGAUACUGUAGUAACAACCAUGAAAAUAAUUUACUCUGGUCUUGCUAAACAAGUACAAUUUAACCACAAGGAAUUUAACCACAACUUUCUUGGUAUAUAACACUUAAGCCCAAAGUAUACUUAGAUUUUGUCGCAAACGUUCAGCGUCUACGUACAGUCAAACGCGAGCCUGUCAAAGUAUACUCCAUAUGACUGUACACAUACACAGGCAUUGAUGAGAUGCCGGACAAUUUCUCUUCAGAAGUUUAGGCCCAUAAAGGUGUCUUUAUGUUCCUUCAGACUAGAGUUAUACAAAGGCAGGGAUUUCCUGACUUCCUCACACAUGCACUCUUGACGUGAAUAUCUACUGUUGUUGUUUUUACCUUUGUCUCCUGUUGCUUAGUGGCAAUUACAUCUUCUUCUAAUGCAUCUUCGUGACAACAAAGGCUCAAAUGUGAGUGUUGCCACCUUGUGGACACACUAAUUAGUGCAGAUAAUUCCAGGCGCAUGAGCAUUCAAUCAAAGACGCGUGGUUAGAAAAAAUAGGGCUGUGCGUGUUCAGUGCCCUGCUGAUGACAAGAUUUGCGUCACGCAUCCUGUACGUGGACGCUCGGCGUUCACGUCUGAACGAAGUAAACUUUGGGCUUUACAAUUGAAUAGAGACGUCCAACUUGUGGUUUCUCCUGAUGGGAUGGUUUAAACUUUUAAGUCAACAUGAAAGCAAAAUUGACCCUAUUUACUUUCAUAAUUCAUCAGUGCAUACUAUUCCAAAAUGUCAUAGCUGUAAAAACUGUAAUGCAAAAAAAGGCUCUGCCUCUGAAACAGCAUUCCUUGUUGGCUGACAUCACUUAGAUUUAGCCAUUGUUUUAGGUUACUAUUGUAGUUAAUAUAAUCAUUCUGAAAUCUUGUGACUGUAGUUAACACAAUUUAAUUUCAGUUAACUUUAAUGUAAUAAAAGUUACAACAAUAAUAGCAAGUAACAAUUGGAUUUGAAAAAGAAGUGUUACCGUUAGAAUGUUUUUGUAGUCAAGUACUCUGCCUCUAAUCCACAUUAAACGAGUAAUCGAUUACUUGUUAAUUAAAGUGCAAGUUAAAAUUAAAAACGUAUAACACGUACGUGACAUUUCUAUUUAGUUUUAUUCACAAAUGCUACCAAGAAUGAUUUCAAAAUAAGAUAACUUCAACAAACUAUGCUUUUCUUCUUGGAAAAAAAUUAAAUGAACAAUAUGCAUUAAUAAAAAAAUAACAGUUAAAAAACAUUUUCACACACCUGGAGCUUACAAUGAAACCAGAAGUGACGGCAUUAAGGUAAUGCACAUAAAGUUUAUCACAUUUUUAUAAUUUCAAAUGUUAUUAUUAGAAAAAAAAAAAAAAAAAAAAGUAGUGUAAGGUGGCUUUUGGUCUGAUAAGCUUCCAAGUUUCUUGUACCGCUUCGCAUUUUCUUUCAACCAUAAAAGCAGAUCCUUAUCCGUUGGUUUUGCAUGACUCCAACAAGAAACAAAUAGAGUACAAAUCAUAAGAAUCAAAAUAUUACAAUUAAUGCCACACGUGGCUUUGCUUUCAAAAGCACAGACGCCAUCAUAUCUUCUCUUAUGCAACACCUCGACGACACAAAUCCACAGCGCCCCCCGUGGUCUCAAUUGUAACUGCGAGAUUUGGGGAGCGAUUGGGAGAGGAAGUACCAUGUAAUUCAGUGUUGCCCAUGGCAGACAAAUGUGUAAAGGAAAAUCUAUUAAAAUGUAAUAGUCAGUUAGCUGGUGCAGAACGAUUACUCGAUUAUUCUGUUGCUCAUACGCAUCCUUGCUCACGAUCCACUCAAUUUCCAAUGUAUAAAAUCAAGUCCCUCCCUACAUUUGUUCUUGAAAACUUGACGCCUUACAGAAGUAAAUUGGGAUGCAAAUGCCAUUUCAUGUUGACUUUAAUGUCAUUCUAAUGUCUCAGAUGUGAUUAGUGUAUCUAAAUACUCUACCACAUCAUUCAAAUCUCACAGAAAAGCCUUGAAUGAGUCUUUUUAUUCAGGUUUAUCACUCAGCAAGCGCUUUGGAGUUAAAAUUGUAAGUAUAAUUUUCUUAUGUACAUAGAAAUAUACCUCAAUGCAACAUUAUACAGGAUUUAUUUAAAGGGUUUAAUUUGCCAUUGAUUGAGUUAUUGGCACUAACACUUUGGUAAAUCUCUAUAAUUUGGUUGCUCAGUCGUGGAUUUUACUGAGAACAGAGAUUAUUUCAAUCAUGAAACUGCUAAACCAUUUUUAAUCCAUAUAAUGCUCUUAAAAAGCCCACAGAUUUAUUAGGGUUAUUUUUAAGAAAUAACCCCACAUAAUAUUGUAUAAAUGGCAUUGACAUUUUCAUCUCCUUCUGCAAACAAUAUUGACAAGUUCUUGUGUGAUUGCUAUUUCACCCCAAAUACUUUUUUAAUGUGCCAUAAUUGUAUGCUGUAUAGCUCAUGAACAUGUCUAAUUUGACCCCAAAAUUAAAAGCCAAAACAGUAAAUUGUAUUUUUCAUAAAGAAAAUAUUCAAAUAUUUUGCCUUGUGACAUUAUUUUCAUGACAAUUAAGCACACUUCCUUCCCAAUUCUCAUUACAGUAAUGCAUCCAUUUUGCUUUGAAUUUUUUUGUAAUUCUUAUUUUUAAUGCAGAUUCUCAUUACUGUAAUUCAGUAAGGAGAAUCAUCCUGUUCGGACACAAUUAUUACCAUUAUUUUAAAUUAAAAUCAUCUUAAAGGCAGGACAUUUCCUUUUAUAAUGUCAUUGUUUUGCAUUACUGUAAUGAGAAUGAGAUUUUUUGCUUUAUGGUAAUAAGAAUUGGGAGUGCUGAAUUAUCAUGCAGAUAAUGUCACAAUGCAAAACAUUUGAAUGGUCUUAGAAAUUACUUAAUUUCUAAAUGCAAAAUAACAUUUUUAUUUUUUAUUUUGGGUUGAAAUAUGAUCUGGAUGGAGAACUUGAUCUGUUUCUUGACCGGCUUUGUGAGAUUCACCAUAUAUAUAUAUACACACAGUUGUGCUCAAAAGUUUGCAUACCCUGGCAGAAAUUGUGAAAUUUUGGCAUUGAUUUUGAAAAUAUGACUGAUCAUGCAUUUAAGGAUAGUGAUCAUAUGAAGCCAUUUAUCAUCACAUAGUUGUUUGGCUCCUUUUUAAAUCAUAAUGAUAACAGAAAUCACCCAAAUGGCCCUGAUCAAAAAUUUACAUACGCUUGAAUGUUUGGCCUUGUUACAGACACACAAGGUCACACACACAGAUUUAAAUUGCAAUUAAAGGUUAAUUUCCCACACCUGUGGCUUUUUAAAUUGCAAUUAGUGUCUGUGUAUAAAUAGUCAAUGUGUUUGUUAGCUCUCACGUGGAUGCACUGAGCAGGCUAGAUACUGAUCCAUGGGGAGCAGAAAAGAACUGUCAAAAGACCUGCGUAACAAGGUAAUGGAACUUUAUAAAGAUGGAAAAGGAUAUAAAAAGAUAUCCAAAGCCUUGAAAAUGCCAGUCAGUACUGUUCAAUCACUUGUUAAGAAGUGGAAAAUUCGGGGAUCUCUUUAUACCAAGCCAAGGUCAGGUAGACCAAGAAAGAUUUCAGCCACAACUGCCAGAAGAAUUGUUCGGGAUACAAAGAAAAACCCACAGGUAACCUCAGGAGAAAUACAGGCUGCUCUGGAAAAAGACGGUGUGGUUGUUUCAAGGAGCACAAUACUUGUUGACCCCUCUCCAAACAUAGCGCUUAUGGUUGUGACCAUAAAGCUCUAUUUUGGUCUCGUCACUCCAAAUUACAGUGUGCCAGAAGCUGUGAGGCGUGUCAAGGUGUUGUCAGGCAUAUUGUAACCAGGCUUUUUUGUAACAUUGGUGCAGCAAAGGCUUCUUUCUGGCAACUCGACCAUGCAGCUCAUUUUUGUUCAAGUAUCGUCGUAUUGUGCUCCUUGAAACAACCACACCGUCUUUUUCCAGAGCAGCCUGUAUUUCAGGCGGAUUCAGACUUUAGUGAAGUAAAACAGUGGACACAUCUUUACUGUUUUACUUCUCAAAGGACAAAAGCACAAGAAAGUGGUAAAAAAUAAAUAAAUAAAUAAAUAAAAACAUCUUUUGAAAGGGCUGCAAAGUACUUGUAGAAAAGACUGUAAACGUAUUAUUGUAUGGAUCUGAUGUACAGCAUGUGAAUGGAUGGUUGGAUGUCUGGCUUUAACUAGUCUGGUAUUAUUAUGGUCUGUUUGUGAUCAAGUUAACCACAAACCUUGCUUACAACAGUACCUCAUAUGCUGUGGUAUUUUUGUAGUGUUUAGGUAAGGUGCAUGGAAUGUGGUUUCAUGAACCCUUAAUGAGAAUAAAAUGUAAGCUAAUAGUAUUGUAGAUUUAAAUCAAGUGAACUGGGCUUUUCUUAGAAUAUUGAAUUAGACAUGCAAGUGUUAUAAGCUGCUAUAACACUCUACAGAACAUUUCAAACAUGCUUUUGUCUAUUGUCAUUUGAUUAUGUUAGUUUGUAGUUUGUAAAUAGGGUUUAAAUAGUUUUUUGAAUGUGCAUUUAUGAGUUUCUAUAUGCCUCAAACAGAACAAACAAGCGACAAUCAGGUUGGCAAACACAAUACAUUAAAGUUUUGCCUCUCAAUGGAAAA